UGAGCACCAUUGUGGUGUGGCACGAUUGGCAACAUCUCGAACGAAAUGGACGGUCAGAAGCCGCUCACAACCAACGGGGGAUUAUGCCUUGGCCAUCGGGCGGACUGUGACUCUUCAUUUUUGACAUUAUCAAAACCCAUGAACAGCUGAAAAUAUACCCGAUUGCCGUCCUCUUCAUCUCCCUUUCCACUUCUGAUACCCGACCUCACGCACAGUUACGCUUCCCGAUACCCCAGCUGAUUUCACUUGACUGUGCCUGAUUCCACGGCCAUGACUACGAACAAGCUUGAUAAUGAAGGCCACGAGGCUCAACACCUCGAUGUUUCUCGCUCGGUGCUCCACCAGAUCAUCACAGGGGUUAUCGCGGCUACAAAGGUGUCUGAAGAGGGACACUUUUACGAUAAGGGAAUGGCUCCAUAAUGCCGUUCUUCAAACCCAAGAUAACUCACCCGUGUGGCAAGCAUCAUGGCAACUGAUCCAUCUCGCACUUGGUGUCUCAGUGCUGCGUCACAAGGCUCGACAGGGCCAGCCUAUUGAUGGCGCCGACCUAGACUUCGUAUGGGGACUUGUCAGAGACGCAGUUACCGACCCAGUCCUUGCGUCACUUCUACCGGGCGCGUCCCGUAGUGCACAAGGCUUCCUCAGCGUUCCUCUUUGCAGCCUCAUCAAAGACAAUAGGAUUGAUGAGCUUUGGCGAUUGCACGUUUGGCUGCCGGAUGGUCACAGAGGAAACCGUGACUUUGCUAUCCAUUCACACCAACCUUUUGCUCAAAGCUGGAUUCUUGCGGGUGAAGGCCGCGAUUACCAAUAUGCGGUUACAGAUUCGGAAGCCAAAGGUGCGCUGGACACGCCAUAUGCCCAAUACAGGAUCGCCUGGAGCGGCACAGGGAAAAGCCACGGGACAGCCUAUGUGCCACAUCAGUCUUACUCCAUCGUCGAGAAUACCGGGAAGAUUGUUCACAUCAAGCAGGUUGAGACUGCGCUUCAUACUCGCGAUAUGAGCUACACUGUUGGAGCCGGUGUACUCCACAGAACCAAAGUGCCAGCAGAUACCUUGCAUGCGACUCUCUUCUACUUUGAUUCCAGCCGAGAAUUCAUACAAGACGCGCCAGUGCUUGGGCCUGCGGAUGGAGAAUCUUACAAACAAUAUCGGGACGUGGGUAGCCAGCCACCUUCGUCGCUCGCCAACAUGGUGGAGGUAGUCCGCUCCUUUGAGAGACUGAUGGGAGAAGGACAGCAAUGUAUGCAUAGCGGAAAUCUGGAAUUGGCGCUGCGUAACUUCAACAGUGCGCUUGCUCUUUGCGAAUCAGGGGCUGCUUCCGGUGCCAUCCUGAACGGUGACCGUUACAAACAGUUGGUUUUUACCAAACUCGGUGGUACGUACAAACGCCUUGGCAAGUAUGAGCAGGCAAAAGACUUGCUCGAGCAAGCAAUGGCCAUGUCAGCAUCAAGUAAGCUGCGCCUCGAAGCCAGUGGCGAGCUUGGUGUUAUCUAUCGGCACAUGGACCUGAUGGAUGAUGUAAAGCGUGUGCUUCGGGUUCAGUAUGAAACAGCAAAGGAGUUUUAGGCAGAGCGGUUCGCGUGCCGGUCAAUCGGAAACCUCGGUAUGGUCAACUACAAACUGUCCCAGCAGCGUCAGGAUGAGUCGUCGUUGUAAUUAGCGACAAAUUAGCUCCUUGAACGCGUUGAAAGGGCCCAUCAAAUCAAGGAUACAAUUGACUCGCAAGACAUGGAUGCAGUUACAAGAGAACAAUGAUUGAAGGU